CACCUUUAUGGGAGUGGUUUAAAGAAAAGAAUCUUCGAGAUUCUUGUGGAAUCAAAAGAGAGAAAAGAGCUGCCAGCUUGCAUCUGGAAAAAGAGAAAGAGGACAAGGACAGAGAAGGAAGAAAAGUCGUCGGAAUAAUCUCUGUAGAGAUUCGAACAUUUAAUUGUUAAGUUGUUAUCAGAUUAGUAUGGCUUAAUAUAAAGCCUACUCCUGGUGGCAAUUUCUGAAUUAAUAUAUAUAUAUACAUAGUAGAUCUAUAGUUUAGUAUUUAGCUUUUAUCUGAAAGUUAUCAUGUCAGACCACAGACCAUUGAACAAUUUUGACUCUGGAAUUGGCCCGUCUAUUGUGAAAAGGAUCCAAUAUGACAUUACCAAGAGUGAAGCAGGUUGUGGUGUACCACCCCUUACCUACUCCAUCAGUCCUUCCUCUUCAUUCCAAGCUGCUUACACCAAUAUGCUAUCAGACCUUGCUCUUGUGUUGAGUAAUCCCAGAACCAUGCAUGUGUCAGGCACAAAUUUUAACAUUGAGAUUCCUAAUCUGAUGGACGAUCACAUUUUAAUCGUAUUCCCUCCAGCCCUUCCUAAUACUGAUCCUACUACUCUUAUUGUUCAUAUUUAUGCCAUUGAGAUUAGUCCAGACCAUCUCCUCACUUCCAAGGAGAUAUCAUCUUGUUUGAACAGGUUGGAUCAGUCUUCUCCACUAUAUAAGUCACUUGUGAAUGUGGACUAUAAGUUGGGCGUGUAUCGUCUGGGUGAAGGCUAUGAUACCAAAGUAUUGCAAACUGGAGAAUACAAUGCCGGGUCUAUUCUUUAUCUUAUUGAAUCCUCUAAUGAUGAGGCCUCAGGUAUUAUUCUAAGAGGCAGUGCCCCAGGGCAAUAUUUAGGAGCCCAUUGUGUUGCUGUACUAUCUUCUAAUGGCCCUGUACCAUUCAGCGACAGUAGAAUGGAUGAGGAGCUCACUCUUACUGAAGAGAGGAAAGAAGAGAGUAAUGAAGAGGAGCUAGUAGCCCCAGCACACGACACGACUGUCAAGAGGAAAGGGAUGGAAGAAGAGAAUAUAUCACUCGAACCAAGAGAGACCUUGUCGGAACAGUAUCACACUGUCGACGAAAAGGAGACAAGUGUGCAGCAAAAAGAUGAGCUUACCGUUACUCACCUUAGUAUCAGUAACCCUGAGGGAGGGAUAGUAUUACUUCAGAAUCCUUCGCCUAUUCCAAGUUACGACAUAACAGAACUUAGUUUCUCUAAUCGUACUCCGAGUUAUUCGCCCUCAGCUCCAAUAUCAGACACCAAUAAGAAGUUAGUGUAUCCUACUACUCCUUCAUUAAUGCUACAGCAAAAAGAGUAUUUUACCCAGCCCUCCAUAUCCCCACAUAAGCAGAUUACCAGAGACUUGGAUUUACCUGAGAGCAUUAAAAAGAAGAAUCAUGGUGCAUUAAUUUAUGCUCAGCCUAAGGGUUUUGUUGAAAAGCUAUUUUCUGGACACUUCUCUGCUCUUCCAAAAUGUGAAGAUUUAGCUCAAUACGACCAAUUAGGGAAAGGAGGCAAUGGUGAGGUUAUUUCAUCCUUUUUUGGAGGGCAUAAAGUGGCACUGAAAUAUGUAAAAACUGGAUAUCGUAGAGAGACAUUGGCGAUAUGGUCCAAGCUAGAUCAUCCAAACAUUAUACCUCUGUUAGGUGCAUUUGUUGUUCACAGUGUCAACCAGCAACAUUACUGUCAAGUUAUGCCCAGGAUGACCAGAUCACUUCGUGACGAGUUUAAAGUAAUAGGAGGAGGGAUAAUACCAGCGUUAAAGCUUAAAGAGAUUACUGCCAUGACUCUUUGGCGUAACUUUCAGAAUGUUUGUCGUCAGGUUUUACUAGCACUAGACUAUCUUCAAAAAUGUGGCAUUGCACUGCUGGACCUUAAAAGCUCAAACAUGUUGACAAUGCAGGAGCACUGCCAAUGUAAGAGUAUCUUUCAAUGUCUAGAAGGUCACCGUUAUUCUGUAAAACUGGCUGAUUUUGAUUUUGUUCACUUUUGUUCCAGCACCUUCACUAAAUGCCCUAAGCAUCCAAUUAAAAGGAAAGAUGACGAAGAGCUUUGUAGAAUUUCUGGCACCCCUGAAUAUAGAGUGGCCCCAGAGAGAGCUUGUAAGGACUGUGGUUGUGAAGGGGUUAAUGUUAUUGGUCCUUGGAAUGACGUGUGGAGUUUUGGUGUCUUUCUUUUAGAUGAGCUUCGUGGCAGGUUUGACAAGAAUGAUACAACUGCUGAGGCUAAAAUGUUAUCUGGCGAUUUUAAAGGUAACAGUUCAAGGUUUGAUCCAAAUAAUUGCAGCUAUACAGCUGAAGUUAUCUCAGUAUUGAUCAAGCGGAUCAAAUUAUCAUGCGAGUCUGAAAAUGGAAUGGUUGAUGGAGUUUUACAAAUGAUAGAUGCUUGUCUUAAGGCUGACUAUACCGAGAGAGCUACUCCCGCUGAUUUGCUUUGUUUUCCAUUUUUUUCUUUUAAAUAAUAAUCUGUUUUGUAUGCUUUAUAAUCCCUCUAGUAUUAUUUUUGUACAUUUGUAGUAUUUUUAUGGUUGUAUUUGUAGUAUUUUUAAA